UGCAAGCAUCCCAUAGCAUCCCAUCCCAUCCCAUCCCAACAAACCAUCGAGGCCCGACAUCUUGUCCUACCACACUCAGAUCUGGCUAGAUUGUUUCCGGCGUGGUAGACCUCCAUUGCUGGUUUCGUGUCAAGUCCGAGAAGAGCACAACGCCACGAACGGGCCUAGCGUCUUCAAUAAUUGGCGUCGCCGUGUGACCCCCUUUAGCUGGCGAACCAUCUACCCCUGCUCGGAUCCCUUGUCGCUCUAGCCUUUUGUUUUCCUGACCUGUCAUCACUGAACAAUUCUUCUACCAUCCCACAAUCCCCUAACAAUGAGUUCACCAAGUGCCCAGCACCGGCGGACUGGCUCUCUCGAUCCCUUCUCCGACCCGGAUGUCUACUACGGAGAUGAGGAGCACAACCGUUCACGCAUGAGAGACCGCAAGCGAGCGUUUUCUUCGACCCUGAAAUCAUUCAACCGGGACGAUAUCCAAGAAUUUCUAGGAGGCGGCUUUCCUGCACGACGGGCUAGUCAUGACGAGACACCAGUUAAUCCCCGCAAGUUCCUCAUUGACGUGGAUACUACACUGCAUGAUCUUCUAGAGCGGGAAGAUACGGACCGGAACAUGCAGAUAACGAUUGAAGAUGUGGGCCCCAAAGUAUUCUCCGUAGGGACCGCUGCGUCUUCGGGAUACAAUAGAUUUGACCUGCGAGGCACUUAUAUGCUCUCCAAUCUCCUCCAAGAGCUUACGAUUGCUCAGGAUUACGGUCGGAAGCAUAUUGUUCUUGAUGAAGCUCGUCUGAGUGAGAAUCCCGUCGCACGUCUUUCCCGGCUAAUCAAGAAUUCCUUCUGGAAUGCUCUUACUCGGCGUAUUGAUGGACAUAACAUUGCUGAAGCUGGUCGGGACCCCAAAGACUGGACGGACGACCCGCGACCCCGGGUCUACGUUCCACCGGGGGCCCCUGAGCAAUAUGAGUACUACAAGAACAUUGCAGAGACUCAUCCAGAAUUGCGCCUGGAUGUGCAGUUGUUGGAGGCCGAGAUCACACCGGAAUAUGCGAGGAAGCUCAACCCUAAGCCUGGACUUCUGGCACUGGCAAUGGAAAAAAGAAUUGAUCAAACUACCCAAAAAACAGAGUAUAGCGGAGUGCCAUUCGUGGUCCCAGGAGGCAGGUUCAAUGAGCUGUACGGAUGGGAUAGUUACAUGAUGUCAUUGGGGUUGCUGGUCAGCAACAGAGUUGACCUGGCCCGAGGUAUGGUGGUCAACUUCUGUUUCUGUAUCAAGCAUUACGGCAAGAUUUUGAACGCAAACCGGUCUUACUACUUGACCCGUUCUCAGCCCCCGUUUUUGACCGACAUGGCCUUGCGUGUGUAUGAACGCAUCAAGAACGAACCCGAUUCUAUGGAGUUCCUUCGCAACGCUACGCUUGCCGCGAUCAAGGAAUACUACAGCGUUUGGGCGACAGAGCCGCGGCUCGACCCGGUGUCUGGUCUUUCUAGAUACCGCCCGGAAGGCGCGGGUGUGCCCCCGGAGACGGAGCCGACACACUUCGUUCACAUUCUCACUCCCUAUGCCGAGAAGCACGGCAUGUCGUUCGAUGAGUUUGUCGAAGCCUACAACGAAAGACAGGUUCUGGAACCAGAGCUUGACGAGUACUUCCUACAUGAUCGAGCUGUGAGAGAAUCUGGUCAUGAUACAAGCUAUCGUCUCGAGAGAGUCUGUGCCAAUUUGGCGACGGUGGAUCUGAAUUCGCUGUUGUACAAGUACGAGGUAGACAUUGCUCGCAUCAUCCGGACUUACUUCAAAGACAAGUUGGACAUUCCUCAAGAGUUCCGGACGGCAACGACCAGGGAUAUCGCCAUUGAGUCCUCGUCGGUGUGGGAUCGCCGCGCCCGGAGAAGAAAGAUGAGAAUGGAUACCUAUCUGUGGGACGAAGAGAAGGGAAUGUACUUUGAUUACGAUACUGCCAAGCAAGAGCGAACAACAUAUGAGAGUGCCACAACCUACUGGGCAAUGUGGGCAGGUCUCGCCACUCCUUCUCAAGCAUCACAGAUGGUGAAGGCUCUCAACCGGUUCGAGGCUUAUGGUGGCCUGGUUUCCGGAACCGAAGAAUCUCGAGGUGCCGUUGGCCUGGAUCGGCCUAAUCGGCAAUGGGAUUACCCCUACGGAUGGGCACCCCAGCAGAUGCUGGCAUGGACAGGACUAAUCCGCUACGGCUACCAGGAUGAGGCCGAGCGGCUGACCUAUAAAUGGCUAUAUAUGAUCACAAAGGCCUUUGUUGACUUCAACGGCGUCGUUGUUGAAAAGUACGACGUCACUCGGCCUAUUGACCCACACCGGGUGGAUGCCGAGUACGGUAACCAGGGCGUGGAUUUCAAGGGUGCUCCCCGCGAAGGGUUUGGAUGGGUCAAUGCCAGUUAUGCAUACGGGCUGGAGAUCCUCAACGCCCACCAGCGCCGCGCCCUCGGAGCCAUCACGCCCUACGAGACUUACAUCAAGGCCGUGGCUGCCCAGGAUGGGGUUUAAAAAUCGAUGCUGGAUGAUCACGGACAAAGAUUCAACGAACAAAUGCAUUC